AGAGGGGAGGGCGGCAACAACGCUGACACAUCUGGAAGUUAUUGAGAACGAGAGAAACGGAGAGAGGAAUUAACGGGAAACAAAAAAAUGAAGAGAAGGUAGAAAGAGAAGGAGAAAAGUAGAAACAAAGAAAAACUACAAAUAGCAGUUCCAAUAUUGUUCAAAGACUGGGUUUGCUGGGUCAAACAGAGAGUGCAUUAAAAGGAGGAAGCUAUACAAAGGGAGAAAAGAAGAAACCUUGUGUGAGGGGAAAAGUGUGCUGGAAAACCAAGUCAAACUACUAAAAUAAUACUAUAAGUAAUACUGCUAGGAGUGUCAUAGUAUUUUUGUGGAUUUGGGACAUUUCCAGGCGGAGUACAAAUAGCAAGCAGUAAAAAUUUCCAAGACUGACUACAAACUAUCAACUUCAGCGUUGGAGCCACCAAGUGUUGAUCAUAGCUAUUAACACUGAGACAGAAUGUCGGUGUCACGAAGGUGUCUUUGCUGUGUGAAAUACCUUAUGUUUGUCUUCAACCUCAUAUUCUGGCUAGGAGGAUGCGGCUUGUUUGGGGUGGGGGUGUGGCUGUCCUUCACACAGUCGGAGUUCUCUUCCCUCCCGCUCUCCUUCCCCUCCCUCUCUGCUGCAAACCUGCUCCUCGUGGCCGGGGGGGUCACCAUGAUCACGGGGUUCCUGGGUUGCCUGGGCGCCCUCAAGGAGCAGCGUUGUCUACUGAUGACGUUCUUCGUUAUCCUCCUUAUUCUGGUUAUAACAGAGGUGACUCUGACCCUCAUACUGCACAUUUUCCAUGAACAGCUCGACACAAAGGCACAGAACGAGUUGAAGAGCGGAAUGGUGGACUACGAAACCAAUCCAGGGCUGCAGAAAUCGUGGGACAGCGUGCAGAAAAUGUUCAAGUGCUGCGGAGUGACCAAUCAGACGGACUGGUACGCCGUGCGUAGCACUCUCCCCACAUCCUGCUGCAGCGCAGAGAUUGGCCCUUGCAAAAACGGAUGGAAUGAGCCCUGUUAUCAAAAAGCAAGAAGAUGGCUACUGGACAACAUCACCUCAGUCCUUAUUUUUGGAGUCUGCAUUGGCAUAGUCCAGAUUUUUGCCCUGGCUUUCUCUUUGUACAUGUACUGCCAAAUACUACGUGCUGAAAAAUACCUGGACUGAAACCAGAUGAGAAAUGGGUAAACUUCACAGAGUAGAGAAGAAGAAUGUAUUUGAGUAUAUGGAAUGUGUAUGGCACAUAGCCUUAUACUGUGUUAGAGAAACAGAUGGAGCUUUAUUUUUAGAGACAGUUUUAGGCAACACAUUGUCAAUGACCAUUAUGUACUAGAUACUGGUGUAUAAUCUUAUUAACAGUAAUGUUAGUUACUGCUAGCAAUGCAAGUUACUGUUAUUAGUUUGUUGUGAAACUAAUUAUGUUUCCUAAGGUUUAAUGUAAACUCAUUUGCCAUACACUACAAACUGUGGAAUCACUGUAAAUAUGUAAUCGUCUUGUAACUUCUGCAUAAAGCACAUAUUGACAAAAAAAGAAAAA